CGACGAGCCCAGGUUUCUUUCAUUCGCUCGUGACUUUUCCCAAGAUCCUGCUGCUAGCUCCGGACCGCGGACGGACCGAAGCUCAUUGUCACGCGCUCCGUGACCAACUUGCAAGUUGUUUCCGCUCUUCUUUGGUACGGGGCUUUUAUCCGGCCUAGGAUAUGGACAUAUCAUUUGGAGUCUAGACCCUGCAACGAUUCGGAACGUGUCCACUUCUCACCACGUCUGUUUCCCUGUCCGAGCGAUUUCCCACCACUCCAGUGGGCAAUCAGAAGAAUCAGAGUCGUGUGUUUGUGUGACGAAAAACUAUCGAAGCUUUCGGCCGCUACGAAGCCGACCCGUAUUGGACUUGAAUUGUGCUUCACGUUGACGAUGUAUGCUUCGACGUGGAUGUGAUUGAUCCUCGAAGCACCCCCUCGGAUCACCUCAAGGGAUCACUCGCUCGUAUGAAUUCCUUCAGUUCAAACUUCGCGGUGGCAUCGAGGCGACUGACGACAGCCUGGAAACGCGAAACGCCAAUCUGCCCUUCUGCGGCUUCUAAGAAUAUGCCUGUCCCUACCUCGUCUUCCAAUUUUGCUCCAUUCUUCUGCUCCAAACCACCAUGUCCGACCACGAAAAAGCGACGGACAGCGGGGAGCGCACAGUCGUUGAACAUGCUCCUAAUCCGACGAUGACCUUCCCGGAGGGUGGGUUGCAAGGAUGGCUGACAGUAUUGGGAUCUGCCGUUAUCCUGUUUUCCACCUUCGGAGUGUCUCUUUCGUUUGGAGUGCUCGAGGACCACUACACGCGACUGUUCUUGAACAACAGCUCGGCUUCCGAUGUCAGCUGGAUCGGUUCAAUGCAGCUAUUCAUCGACUUUGGCAUUGGACUCCCCGCCGGCAAACUCUUUGACGAUGGACAUUUCAGGCUGCUCAUGGUUGCUGGAACGACCAUCUACGUCUUCUGCUUCUUGAUGCUUUCAAUCUGUCAGUCCAACCAUUACUAUCAAGUCUUUCUCGUUCAGGGUAUCGGCAUGGGUAUCGGCAUGGGUCUACUAUUCGUCCCUGCGGUCUCGCUUCCGUCUCACUACUUUCGGGCACGUCGUUCACUCGUCAUGGGCUUGGUCUUUGCUGGAUCAUCCCUCGGAGGAGUCGUUUUCCCCAUUGUAUUGAAUCACCUGAUCAAUGGACGUGUGGGAUUCGCGUGGGGCAUUCGAACCGUGGCGCUCAUCGCAGCAUCAUUGCUCCUUCUCGGAAAUCUACUGAUGAAGCCUCGGCUGCCCACAAAGAAGCAUAGAGCUCCAGAAGAUAACGCUGUGUUGCGCUCAAUUCUCAAAGAUGUCCCAUAUUGGAUUAGUGUUGCGGGGGCUUGCCUCGUGCUCUGGGGGAUCUUUUUUCCUUAUUUCUAUCUGCAGCUUUACGCUGUGCUCCAUGGGGUCAACAAAGAUGCAGCAUUCUACACGAUCACGAUGCUGAAUGCAGCAUCCGUCCUCGGUCGCAUCGUCCCUAAUUUCAUCGCGGACCGCUAUGGAGCAUUGAACGUGGCGAUUCCGAUGACCACCGUCUCCGGCGUGCUCGUUUUCGCCAUGUUGAGACUGACUAGUGUGCCCAGCUUGUUCAUCUUUGCGGCGUUUUACGGCUUUUUCUCUGGCGCAUUCAUGUCGCUUUUAGCUGCUAUCAUGUCUUCCUUUGCAUUUUCGGUCAACGAGAUUGGAUCGAGGAUUGGCAUUGCCAUGGCUGUACAGUCACUUCCGCUGCUGACGGGGGCCCCAAUAACUGGCGCGUUCCUUCAGCCCCCCAAAUACACGUGGUGGCGCGGAGUGACAUUCAGUGGGGUCGUUCAACUGAGUGGAGUCUGUCUCCUCAUUUUGUCGCGGGCUUUGGUGGCAAAAAGGAAAAGAACUUGGAAAGUUUGACGAGGAAGCGAAGUAGAUAUAUUGUUAAGAAUUGCCCUCUGCAGCGGCCUCCCAAGGUUUUUUGCGCACAGUGGCGGUGGAGACGCUGGCCUCGCUCUCCUAGAUGAGGGAUUGAGCACAAGCGAGUCAAUCGACAGCCAGCUCUUUCAAGCGCGUACAUUCAAUGCAUCGGAAAUGACUUUAUUGUUCGGUAUCUCGUCUUCUUUCCCCGCUUCAAUCAGAGCUUGAAGUUGAGCAAAUGAGAGUGUGACCGGCUGCACGUUCUCGAUCCUGGACUUCUCCGCUUCCCGAGCAGCAUCCACGCUCAGGUCAUGACCGCGCGUCCUUGGUUGCGUUCUCAGUCAUGCCGCGCCGAGGAACCCGCUGGAGCCAACCUGUUAAAAUAGAACACCCUCGUGCGGAGAAGGAUUUCCUCGCGGGCUUCAUCCGAGGGAUUGCUUUCCAACAACCCGCCAGCCAAGAUGCUUGCUAGGCCGUCCUUGCUGGUCGUUUGACAGCGCACGAUGCGGCGCUUUGAUCUGCGCGCACCUGAUACUCGGUGUCGGUGGAGAACGGAUGAGCCGCAUAAAGCUCCAGUGCCGUGGGCUGUUCGGUCGACAUCGAUGCGGGGAACAAGAGGCCGGAUGAUGGCCGACCAGCCAGUCGUCUCGGACACACCGACAAACAAAUUCCUCACAGCACGCGACGCGUCGCCUUUGACGAGCCUGACUAUGAGUGACGACGAUCUCCCAGGAACUGUGCCAGGGAUACGCAAUCGCGAUGAAUUCCCCGACGACACAAUACGGAUCAUGCUGGCCACAGACAACCACAUUGGUUACAUGGAACGCGAUCCAAUCCGAGGGCAAGAUUCCAUAGAAACAUUCCGAGAAAUCCUGCAGCUCGCAGUGAAACAUGAUGUCGACUUCAUCCUCUUAGCGGGAGAUCUUUUCCACGAGAACAAACCCUCGAGAGACUGCUUAUACAAGACUAUUGGCCUUCUACGCGAGUAUACGAUGGGGGACAAGCCCAUACAGGUGGAAUUGUUGAGCCACCCAUACAAGGGCCAGGCGGAGGGUUUUACCUUCCCCAUGAUCAACUAUGAAGACCCUAAUCUCAAUGUCGGAAUCCCCGUCUUUUCAAUACAUGGAAAUCACGAUGACCCACAGGGUGCCGGUGCAGAAGGCGCUCUCUGUGCGUUGGACAUGCUCUCUGUGACCGGCCUUGUUAACUACAUCGGCAAAAUUGACCUCCCGGUGUCCGAUGGUCAAGCGCAAACCACCGGGAUCGAAGUAAACCCGGUGCUCCUACGCAAAGGCAACACGUAUCUAGGGCUCUACGGAAUCGGAAAUGUCAAAGACCAGCGGAUGCACUACGAACUGCGCAGUAACCGUGUGAAGAUGUGGAUGCCCAAGGACAAGCAAAAGUGGUUCAAUAUCAUCCUGCUACAUCAGAACCGAGUCAAACAUGGGCCCCAAGAGUUUGUGCCAGAAGGACUGUUUGACGAUUCGAUUGAUCUGGUCAUCUGGGGUCACGAACAUGAUUGUCGAAUAGUCCCUGAACCAGUCGCUGGCAAAGGCUACUACAUUUCUCAGCCCGGAUCGUCAGUCGCAACCUCUCUUGCAGAUGGAGAGGCCAUCGAAAAGCAUGUUGCUUUACUUCAAAUCCAAGGCAAAGAGUUCGAGAUGACACCCAUCCCUUUGCGCACGGUCCGGCCAUUUCAAAUAGAGAGCAUCGUGCUUACCGAUGUGGCUGACGAGGAGAACUUGGACCUCAAAGAUACCAUGGCCAUCUCGAAGUAUCUCAAGGGCAGGGUCAACGCUCUGAUCGAGCGGGCAAACGAGCAGUGGGACGAGCGUAACGCCAGAGCAAUGGAAGAUGGAGAGCAAGAGCUUCCGAGGAUGCUUCCGCUCAUCCGACUGAAAGUCGACACCACUGGCGUUUCUGAUAUGUCCAAUCCCAUACGCUUCGGACAAGAGUUCCAGGGACGUCUCGCAAAUCCGGCUGACGUGCUUGUAUUUCACCGAGCCAAAAAAGCGGCGAGCAAGAGUAAAGUCGCUUCUGCUGUGCCCGACGGCGAAGAGCAAGAGGACGAUGAGGAAGUCGGGCUGAGCACGGGGGAGAAGCUUGCCCGGGUCCGGGUGCAGACUCUGGUGAAGAAGUAUUUGGAGGUGCAAGAGUUGCAGUUACUGGGAGAGAUGGAGAUGACGGAUGCUAUCGGAAUGUUUGUGGAAAAGGACGACACUCAUGCCAUCCAGACAUACGUGAGCAAAGCGUUCAAGCGCAUCACGAAGAGCGCCCAGACCGCGGGAGAUGAUGAGUUCGACGAGGACGAACUGGAUGAAAUGCUGGCGAGUGCAAAAGCAGAACAAGACCGACUGUAUGCGGAGAAGCAGCAAGAAGCAGACGAUGCUUUGCGGACGAAGUCCAAAGGAAAAGCUAGGGCCAACGGUGACCAAUCAGACGACUCGAUGAUGGGCGACGACUUGGAGAUGCUGGCUGCCGGAUCCGCUUUCGAAGACGAUGAGCCGGAGCCUCCAAAGAAGAAGACGACGACCCGAGCCAAGGCGGCUACAGUCAAAGCUCCAGCGAAGAAGGCCCCGGCAAAGAAGGCUCCAGCGAAGAAAGCCCCUGCAAAAAGAGGAAAGAAGGCCGCUGCUAGCGACUCAGAUUCGGCCGAGAUCAUUGACAUCGACGAGAUUGAGGGCUCUGAUGACGAUUCUGAUGAACCCCCUUCUAAACCAGCCAGGAAAACGCGAUGCUGCCAAGAAGGCUCCGGCCGCCAGGAAGCCCGCGGCUCAAUCGCAACUCGCAUUUGCCCCAGUUACAGGUCGAAAUUCUCGAGCUGCAGCUUCGAAAGCCCGAAACAAAAUGGCGUUAGUCUCGGAUUCCCUCAGCACUGCACCAUGGCCAUCUCACUUUCCAAGGCUGAGAGCUCGUACAUACGGGCAGGCCUUCUUUCGGAACCUCCGCUACGCGCUGAUGGCCGUGCGUUGCACGAUUUCCGGAGCAUCAGCCUCGAAACGGGGAUGGCGCCGCUAGCCAAUGGAUCUGCGCACGUCAGCAUCGGGAAAAAUCCCCAUGACGGUGGCGGAGGGACUGAGGUCCUCGCUGCGGCCAAACUCGAAGUGGAGACGGUCGAUGUCAGCCGCGAUGAGGGCGUGGAUGGUGGACGCAUUGUGUGUACCGUGUCUUGUUCUCCGUCUGCGUAUCCGCACCUCUCAUCCUCGGCACUCGAUGAUCUACAACACGACAUGACCGCGCUUUUACACCAGGCACUCACACAUCCAUCCUUGCACCCCUCGAAUCUCGGCAUCCUCCCAGGCAAACGGUCGUGGCUCCUGAAUCUUGACUGCGUUGUUUUGGCGGACUCGGGCAACGUAUAUGACGCUCUCUUCAUGGCCAGCCGCGCUGCCCUCUGGGAUUGCAAGGUGCCUCGUACGCGCGCUGUCGAAUUCAAGGCGCCAGCAGGCGCAAAUCCUCCACCAGCCGAAAGCGGACAGAUGGCAAUGGACUCGGAUGCACCCGUACCUCAGAGUGGUUUUGACACACGUGCUAUCGCCCGUGCUGUUGACUUUGAGUUACCCGAUUAUUGGGACGAGGGAGAAGUUUUGGAUGGACGCGAUGCAUGGCCCAUAUGUGUUACGCUCAACAUAGUCUCUGUCGGCAAGACCUACGCUCAUUUCCUCGACGGACACCUGCCAGAGGAAGCCGCAACGCCGAUACGUCUACUGCUCAUCUUUUCGUUCACGGGCGGGUCUUCUCAACUGCAUUCGAUGCGGACUCUGGGCUCAGGAGAGCUAGAAUCCGCGCAGAUACGCGAUUUGGUCGUGAACGGAGAAAAACACGCUCGAACUGUAUGGGAUGCGUUGACCAGCAAGCUAAAGGACGAGGAUCUGCGACGGGGCGAGAGAGCACGAACCAAAUUUGAGAGAAGACAAUAAAAGAUCGCUUUCAUUCCUUAUUCUCUGAGACGUCGAGAGGCUCGAACAGUCAACUUCUCAAAGUGUCAUGCAAGAAGGAUGUGUCAGAUAGUGUAGGUAGUGGUGUUACUUUUGCUAGAUGCGUUCAGAAACAUAAAUAUUAUAUUCAACAAUUUGUCGUGCGA